UUUCUCUCCAUACACUACACGGAAUCUCUCUUAUUAUCUCCGACGACUCUCUGGUUUCUUUCUUGUUGCUGCUGCUGCUCUCCAAAUUUUGUUCUCUCAGACUUUUCAGGUGUUUAUACAUAUGAAGAAUCAAAUCGACAGUCGGUUAUCUGUUUUUUCUACGCAUUGUACAUGGUUGAGGACCAACAGGUAGUGGUGGCAUCUGUUUGAAAAACAGAAAAAAAUGGAUUUUCAGAGUAACCAACAGGGUGAGUAUGGAAGAUUUGAGCAAAUACUUGCUCAAUAUCUUCUGAAAAGCUUGCAUAUUAUUUUGGGCUUGAGGGUUCCUUCUAUACGACGGUAUGGUGGGAUUGAACAAGUGAAGAGGAGUGACAAAUGGUUUAAUAUGGUGUUAGGAGAUCGUCCUGCGGUUCUUGAUAACUUGAAUCUGUUGCAAGGAAAUUUGGUGGAACCCAUGAUAAUAGAUAUAAUACUUGUUCAAGAUAAAGAUUGUACUUCAUCUGAGCACAAUUCAGGUAAAGCAUUUGCAGGGUCAUAUACAGAAACAAUUAUAGAGAGGUGGGUCGUGCAAUGUGAGAAUCGGAGGUCAAUGGUUCCUCACAUGGGUGAUUCAUCUUUCAAGAAAAUGUACAAGAAGACUAUUAUACUCCUCCGUACCCUUUAUUCAAUGUUGAAGCUCCUGCCUGCAUUCAAGGCCUUCAAGAAACUAUCUUCUUCAAGUCAGAGUUGUUAUUUUGAUAUUAAUUUUAAGGUAUCUUCAUUUAGUGAACCAUUCUCAAGGGCAGAGGAGGAGAUGAUGAAGCAAUUUACUUUUACUUCAGUUGAUGCCCAGCAAGGCCGUCUUUCCUUAUCUGUGACAUAUCGUGAAAAUCUGGUGGACUUCAACCUGGAGACUUCUGCAUCCUUUCCACCUGAAAUCAUUACAGAUUAUGUUGGUAGUCCACUCACUGAUCCUAUGAGGUUAUUCCCUUUGACCUCAAUGGACAAGGGUGUUCAUCAUACUUCAUUUCCAUUGAGAAGGACACAAUCAUCUUGUUCAGCACCUGUUCAGCGCCCGCAGACCUGGACAAGUGGUCUCUUCAGGGCACCUUCUUUACCUCAGCCAUAUGUAGGAUCUCCACCUUUGUACCAUGCACCAUAUGAGCUUUCAACUUCAGUCAGUGAUGUAUAUGGACAGAGGAUUCCACCUAACUACAAAUUUCCGAUUCACCAGAAAGCAACUAGUUUUGAUGAUGACCAGCUUUCCCCUCCAUUUUCACCAUCUCCACCCACAAAUUUCUCAGGUGCAAAUCUUGUGCAGGCUCCUUUGCGUUCAGAAACUGGUCCUGUCAGUAUCCCUCAUCCAUUGAUAGACAGAACUUCCAGACACCUAUCUCCUAAUUUGUCUGAUCCAAACAGGCAUUAUCUCCCACCUAUGUCACCUAGAUGCACAAAGCACGAUUCUUCAUCCCAUGAAUCCCCUUCUGGAAUCAGGUCAUCAAGGAAAAUAGAUUUGCUAAGGGUUCCAGAGCCAGAUACUGGAACUACUAAUCCUGGACAAAAGGUGUCCACAGAUGCUAGAGACGAUUCAGGGCGGUUCUCAGGUCUGCUAUCUUCAAGUGAUUCACCACGUGUUGGAGUUUCUAGAAGUUCUAGCAGCAGAUUAUCUUUUCAGGAUGACUUGGAUGACUGUGAUUUUUCCUGUCCUUUUAUAGUUGAUGAUGUUGAUAUUUCUGAUUCCCGAGCCAGAGAGAACCUUGAUUCCAGAAAGGGUUCAGAAGCCUCGUCUCAAGUAUCUUCGACAACUAGAAAAUCUCAAGACGCUGCUGUAGGUGCCCUUGUUCACAUGCUGAGAACUGCUCCUCCUUUGCGUCAAGAUUCUAGCUGUUAUACUUCACAAUCUUUGAAGGCAGAAGUAGAAGGAGAAACGGGCACUGUAUCUCAGUUCUAUGUUCCUAGGAAGGCAUCAGAUGCAUUGGAGGAGCUCAAAGCUUACACACAAUUGAAAGAUAUGUUACUUCCCAAGAGCACGACCCGCUCAGGCAGUGAGGGUGGGAACUUAGCUUGAUGUACAUAUAUACUUGUUUCUAAGUAACGUUAAUGAGCGUUUAUUGUGUGAGAGGAGUGAGGACUAACAGAUUCUGUACAUAAACGAUGGGAAAUGGCAAGUAUUAUAGUCAAUAUAUUACCUGAUUUUGACACUACUCAAAAACAUUUGUGGAUCAAAGAAAGGAGUAGCACUAAUCUU